AUGAGCAUUGACCGAGGCGACCGAAUCAUUGUGCAGAUGAUGCGUUCGGUUUGUUGUUGUGGGAGAAGUGCGCAGGUUGCUGAUUCUAGUGAUGAAGUUAUUGGAAAACAACAGCUGAAAAAUGUGUUCAUCGUAUGCACACAAAACGUCUUAACACGUGCUCUAACGGGAAAACUGAUCGCAGCGCUCGAAGAUCGCCACCUUCUUCCCGUACACAUAAAGCUCCUCCGACCGACCCAGGACCUGAUAGAUAAGUCAACUCUAUUGAAGGACGAGAAACGCAGACAGCUAGACGAUGCGUGGAUGCUUCUCGUUUUUCGUGGCAGGGAAGCCCAGAGUAGAGUGGCAGAUUGUGUUAAAUUGUUUAAGACACAGUACUCGUUACAUAAAAGAGACAUCUAUUGGACUGAUAAUGAGCAACAAGCUCUUCAUGAAGAAAAUCUUUGGUUCAAAAAUGACGAUGCAGUGGUGAGCACUUCGAACGGGGAGGUAGCAGUGGCAGCCGUGGUGCAGGCGGCAGAUGUAGUACAUCAUCAGAAUGGAGCUCCUCCAAUUGAACCAUCUGAAACAAGUCUUAAAGUUGAACCUGACAAUGAGAUUGUGCCAGAAGUUAACUCUGAAUUUUCAACAGAAGGACCUCAUGCUUCCGUGAACUCAAGUCAAAUUCCUUCUCCAGUUCCACCAGAAGUACACACACCUCAUCCAACGCAUGAUGUCAAAUCCAAAGAUGAGCCGAGCGCAGAAGUGAUUAGCAACACUGCUGAUAUUCUUGAACCAAUUCAAGAACCGAUAAUGGAUCCGACGCCCGUUUUAGUCGUUAGUCAACCAACUAAAAUUGAGUAA